AAAAAAAUUCACGCUGGUGCAUGAAGAUAAUGUAUUUCCUUCCUUUUCUUCCAGAUGCUGUCGCAGAAGAGGUGUUAGAUAGAAAAGAGAACAGUGUAGAACCUGACUUACUCCUAAUGCAAAUUCUUGCCCCAGAAUGGAAGGAGAAUCUCCCCACAAUGCAACUACUGUCAACAGCACCCCAGUGAAUCACCAGACUUUGGAACACCAUGGGCUGUGGGAAGUCAUCAGCAUCGCAGCUGUGACUGCUGUGGUCAGCCUGAUGACCAUCGUGGGCAAUGUCUUAGUCAUGAUCUCCUUCAAAGUCAAUAGUCAGCUGAAGACGGUCAACAACUAUUACCUGCUGAGCUUGGCCUGUGCAGAUCUCAUCAUUGGGAUCUUCUCCAUGAACCUCUAUACCACCUACAUCCUCAUGGGACGCUGGGCUCUCGGGAGUUUGGCCUGUGACCUUUGGCUUGCGCUGGACUACGUGGCCAGCAACGCUUCCGUCAUGAACCUUCUGGUGAUCAGUUUUGACCGUUACUUUUCUAUCACAAGACCCCUGACAUAUCGGGCCAAGCGAACCCCCAAGAGGGCUGGCAUCAUGAUUGGCUUGGCCUGGCUGAUCUCCUUCAUCCUCUGGGCCCCGGCGAUCCUCUGCUGGCAGUACUUGGUCGGGGAGAGGACGGUCCCACCUGAUGAGUGCCAGAUCCAGUUCCUCUCGGAGCCCACCAUCACGUUUGGCACUGCCAUUGCUGCCUUCUACAUUCCUGUUUCUGUCAUGACAAUUCUCUACUGCCGAAUCUACCGGGAAACUGAGAAGCGGACCAAGGACCUUGCUGACCUGCAGGGCUCAGACUCUGUCGCUGAAACCGAGAAGCGAAAGCCUGCUCACAAGACUCUGCUCAGGUCCUGCUUCAGCUGCCCUCGGCCCACACUGGCCCAGAGGGAAAGGAACCGAGCUUCCUGGUCAUCCUCCCGCAGGAGCCCCUCAACCACUGGGAAGCCAGCCCAAGCCCCCGGCCCAAGCCCAGAGUGGGACAAAGCGGAGCAGCUCACCACGUGUAGCAGCUGCCCCUCCUCAGAGGACGAGGAUAAGCCCACCACUGACCCUGUCUUCCAGGUGGUCUACAAGAGUCAGGCCAAGAAACGUGCAAGGGAAGAGUUCAGUACUGAAGAGACUGAGGAAACUUUCGUGAAAGAUCAAACGGAAAAAAAUGACUAUGACACCCCAAGAUAUUUCCUGUCUCCAGCAGCUGCUCAUAGACCCAAGAGCCAGAAAUGUGUGGCCUAUAAGUUCCGACUGGUGGUCAAAGCCGAUGGGACCCAGGAGACCAACAAUGGCUGUCGCAAGGUGAAAAUCAUGCCCUGCUCCUCCCCGGUGUCCAAGGACCCUUCAACAAAAGGCCUAGAUCCCAACCUCAGCCAUCAAAUGACCAAACGGAAGAGAAUGGUCCUUGUCAAAGAGAGGAAGGCAGCCCAGACCUUGAGUGCCAUUCUCCUGGCCUUCAUCAUCACAUGGACCCCUUACAACAUCAUGGUCCUGGUGUCCACCUUCUGUGACAAGUGUGUCCCAGUCACCCUGUGGCACUUGGGCUACUGGUUGUGCUACGUCAAUAGCACUGUCAACCCCAUUUGCUAUGCCCUCUGCAACAGAACCUUCAGGAAGACCUUUAAGAUGCUGCUUCUCUGCCGAUGGAAAAAGAAAAAAGUGGAAGAGAAGCUGUACUGGCAGGGGAACAGUAAGCUGCCCUGAAGAGUUAACAACUGCCCUCAAAAGAAUGACCACCAUCCACUUCCUCUGAGGAUGGCCAAGCUGAUUCUGGUUUAUUUUUAAAACAGACAUCUGUCAUUUUUUUUAAAAGAUUUUAUUUAUUUACUUUAAGAGAGAAGGGAAGGGGGAGAAACAGGGAGGAGAGAGACAUUGACUGGUUGCCUCUUACAUGCCCCCAACGGGGGACUUGGCCCACAGCCCGGCAUGUGCCCUGACUAGGAGUCAAACAGGUGACCUUUCGGUUCCCAGGCUGGCACUCAAUCCACUGAGCCACACCAGCUGGGGUAACAUCUGUCAUUUUGAGUUCUUGACGACUCUGUAAAGACUUGAGGUUUAUCACCAAAAGAAAGCAGUCACUCCUGCCACCGUAUUGAAUUAUUCAUGUCUGUGACUAAGGUCGCCUGAUGCCACUGCAGUUUGCCAUUGAAGUAACUAGACAGACUCAUAGCCCUUCACAGGAGGAGAGGCACACUGGAGCACAAUGAACAAUGACUGAGGGAACUUUCCUCUGACUUCCUGUGGGAACAGCAGGGACCAGUUGGAAACCUCUCCUUGUGGAAACCCGUCAUAUACUGUUGUGCAAUAUGUAUGCGUCCUCUGACGCUGUUUUGUGCCAGUGAGAACCAGGAGAAUGUAAGUCAGUGUUGCCUAUUAACAAGGGUGUUAUUCAACUGGCUUCUAGGACUUUCUUUAUAAAUGGGUCAGUAUUUAUUUACAAAGUAUUUAUUAUGCAGCUGUUAUGUGUUCUGUGCUGUGGUAUAUGUUUCCAUCCCUACACCUGAGUGAAGCUCUUGCUCGUCCCUUACACAACCGAUGCCAAUCGUGGUCCCCACUGAACCCGUGCUGGUCCCCACGCUUCCUUUCAGAAUUCUGGGUCUGAUCAUACCCAGUCCUAGAGAGGGCCCUCUAUUCUGCUAAUAAAGAUGAUCAAGUCUCCACAGUCAGUGUUUUAAGUUUUACCAGUGGGAAUUUUUCCCUUUUUUUUUCUAAACAAAAAUUGUGCAUUCUAUUUUGUGUCUAUUUAAACCCAUUUAUUCAUGCUCUAUUCUUAGGAAAGCUGGCGUAACACAACUGUUCACUGAGGAAAGAUAUUCUCCAGGCUAUUUCGUCAGGGUUCUCUUAAAUUGUUUUCAGAGGUCUUACUUCCUAAUCCCUUUGCAAAGCAAACCUGAAGCAAAAUGUGGAAAACAAGUUUGUUUUCACUCCCAAAUUUGUUCAGACUAGUUCACACUCAGGCACAAGCAGGUCACAAGCAUUUAUCACUCAUGAGCCUCCAGACAAAAGUGGAGGGACAGCAGGGAAAAGGUUUUAUUAUUUAUUUAAUAGAUCCUUGAAUCAUGGUCCAGAAAUGACUUAUUCAUUCCUCUCCAAAUUCAUGGUCAAUCAUGAAAAAUCCUACAAAGUGCAGUUGAGCUCCAGUGAAGCUGGUUAUGGUUAUUAAGAAUGAAAGCCUCACCUUUAAAAACGAACUAUGGGUCACAAUAAUGUAUGCAAAUAAAGCAGUUAUAUCAACAUAUACAUUAGAGUACUGGGAUUACUAAACACCAAAUUAUCUAAUUUAAUUGAAAUUUGUGUAAACAAUCUGAAUUUGAUAAUUCUGAAAAUAAACCUAUGUGCAAGAAAUUGAAACUACAAAAUAGUGCAUAUAAUCAAAGAUCCACAAGGAAAGCAGCAGCAUAGUUAGUACUCAAGGAAGAAUUUAAAGAUGAAAUACUCCUGCCAGAUAGAAGCUCCUUAUUUAACCUGUUGAUUAUAUCUGCAUUAUGUUUUAAAAUCUCGACUUCAUUUUACUUAAUAUAGCCCAGUUCUUUCUCAGCCUCAUUUGCUAAGGAGAUGUAAAAAUAGAUGGUUUAGUUGUCCUAGGAAUCUUCACAUUCUUGAGUAUAGGGGAGUUUCGCCCUACCACUGAAGAGCAAAUUAGCCACUUACACGAAGUCCCAAGAAUGCUCAGGGCAGUAGAAACCCAGGCCACUCCCCCAGCCCUAUAGAGACUCAAUGCUGAGAUGUAACAUCUUGGGAGCAAUGCAGCUGCUGAGCGUUUGUGAAGAACAGGUUGACACCUGCCAAGAAUUGGUAGAGAAUACUAGUUAAUUGGCUCAGUCCUCCAGGACAGAGGUUCCCAGGCCUAUGUGAUGCCAACAGGGUGUGACUCCAUGAGCAAGCCUACUCCACCAGCUUUAGAUAAAUAGCUGGGUUUUUUAGUUUAAGGGUUUGGUCCCUGAGAAAAAUGAAAAUCCCUCCAAGAGAAUAAUAGCACUUUAAACACUCACUGGGCACUCACUGUGCACAUAGAGCAGAGAAAUAAAUGAACUGAAACAAAAGAAUGCAGAACUUGAGGCGGGGUGGAGGGGGGCAGUGUCGGAAGCACAGUUUCCACACUCUUCACAGUUGCCUAGGACUUGGUCAUCAUAUGUGAAACUAAUGAGAGGUCUAUGCUUCCUCAUCAGCUUUUAGGGACAGCCAGUUUUGCAGAUUCCUAUGCUCUUUGACUUAACUAAAAAAAAAAA